CGACCAUUAUAGUCCCAGACUAGAGCUAGUGCUACAUGACGUCACUACUGUCGCUCGCAGUCGCUGUCACUCCGGCCGGCCGGCCACAUUCCCUCAAGCCCACCCUGUUCUGCCGGCGGCUGCAACGAGUAUCGUAGCGAGACGACGCGACAGUUUCGACGACAAACCUUCGAAUCCGAACUUGGGUACGGACUUUGUUGACCUACCAUGGAGUGCAACGUGUGUGCGGAGGCGUUCAACAAAAAUGAACGCUUGCCCAAGGUGGUUGUACCGUGCGUGCACUCUGCGUGUCUGAAGUGUCUCCAGGAAAUGGACGGGAAAAUGUGCCCGACGUGCGGUGACCCAUUCCUCGGUGACCCGGUAAGGCUCCCCAACAACUACACGGUGCUGCAAAUGCUCCAAAACUCAGUGGACAUGCCCGACAAGACCCGCGGUUGGUGUUCGGAGUGCUGCGCCCUGGCCACGCCCCGGUGCUGGGAGCAACACCACGUCCUGGCCGUGGGAGCAGCUCUCGGGCAACGCGUACAGGACGUCCUGUCGCAGGCUGAUGCGCAGCUAGACGGCUUGAAGGAUCGGCGCGAGGAGGAGCAGGCCUCGCAGGCCCUCACCAACCUGGCCGCGCUCACCGGCGAGUCCUGGACACUGACGCUGCGGGGGGCGCGCCGCUCGCUCUCGGUGUCGCUCGGGGACGCCGAUGACCCCGUGACCAAGGCCCUCUUGCUCCUCGUCGCUGUCAGGGGAGAGCUGAUGGAGGUGCCACAAAAAGACGCGGACAAGGAAGGCAGCGAUUCAACCACCCAUGUUGUCGAUUGUAAGAAGAAAAUUUGCUCCAGUGCUCGGGCUGUCUACAAGGAGCUGAUCUCAAAGAUGUUUGGAGGGCAGGCAGAGAGGCUGCUCAUGUCCGGCACCGACGAGAACCUCGGGGUCCUGCAGGCCGCCGCGCCCACCUUGGAGCGCCUGAGUGUGAGCCUGCCAACGCCGGCCGUCCUGCGGGCGGUGCACGCCAUGCCGCGGCUGAGGAGGCUGCGCGUGUACGGCGGCAGUCAGGACAUCUGCAAGCCGGACGCCCCUGUCGGCGCCCUGGCGGCACUUCCAGACGCGCCUGCGACUCUGCAGUGGCUCGAAGUGCAGUCCCCGCGCCCGGCCCUGCUGCGGUUCCUGCUGCCGGCCCAUCGUCUCAACCUCGAGGUGCUGCGGCUGGAGUCGCAGGGCUCCGCGCGCGCGCGCAUGUCGUGCUACCACCUGUUCUCUCUGCUGGAGCAGUGCGACUUCCAGGCGCUGCGCAGGCUCGAGCUCAACGACAUGAUGGCCAACACGUUCGACGGCGACGACGAGACGCACCGGAAGGAGGACUGCGCACGCCAGCGCGACACCCUGCGGCCGGUGCUGCCCGCGGCAGCCGAGGUGCUGUGCGUCCAGUGCGAUCGGUCAGUCAGAAAGUGGGAAUACUUGUGAGCGCAUCUCUCGGAGUUCGGGUGAGUCCAUUUCGUCCAUUUCGGCUCGGGGCACAGCCGCCACCUGCGGCCCUCCUCGCCAUUUUCGGGCGGACCUUUGAGUCGAAGGCCGAUCAGGUCGACACCCUUCCCCCCCUCCACCUGCAAACACCUGUGACUCCCCUGCUAUCUCGUGAAGCAGACAAAGGUGGAGUCCCGUCCCCCGUUUACAGUUUGACCCUUGCAACUCCUCGCCUGCGACUAGCUGACCUGUAAGAUGUAAGCUCUGGCCUACAAUAGCACAUAUGCUAUGAUGACAAAUUAUAGGUUGCUCAACAGUUUCUAUCAGAAUUUAUGUUUUAAAGUUUUUUGCUAAUCACUUAGUUCUUGUAUGUUUUAAAUUUUUUGAUAAUCACUUGGUUCUUGUGUGUUUUAAAUUUUUCUGAUAAUCACUUGGAUAUUGUGUUUUAAAUUUUUCUGAUGAUCACCUAGUAAUUGUGUGUUUUAAAUUUUUACUGCUAUUAAAGGCACAUUUUGCAACUCGUAAA